CUCCAUAUCGGGCUGGAGGCUUAAGCAACUAACGGAGAGUACAGGAUAUCUGAACCUGCAACAUAUACAUACGCUUUUUGACUCAUUUUGUAUACGUUUUAUUUUGUCUUUGUUUUACAUGUGAGUUUGUUUUGUUAGUCAACUUCACCGUUAGGUUUUGUUUUGCACCUUUAAGACGUUGUCAUCGGGAUUAUAAUUACGCGCAACCCACAUCGUUCUUGAGGAGGGUUUUACGCAGCACAGAGUCUUGGGGAGUACCUCCUUCUUAAACACUCCCUCAUUCGACAAGUUGUAGCCCUUUCUUAACCCAUUUUUACAUAUUAUCAACUGUCCAAGUAUUGGGGAUCCGUUACACAAGGAGUGUAAAAUGGCUGAGAUGGGGAAAGGGGUCACCGCCGGGAAACUGGCAAGCAAUGUACAGAAAAAGCUCACCAGAGCUCAAGAAAAGGUCCUUCAGAAGCUGGGGAAAGCAGAUGAGACCAGGGACACAGCGUUCGAGGAGGGCGUCACAAACUUCAACAAGCAGAUGUUAGAGGGCAGCAAACUGCAGAAAGACUUGAAGGCCUACCUAGUAGCAGUAAAAACCAUGCAUGAAGCGUCCAGGCGACUGCAGGACUGUCUGGCAGACAUGUACGAACCAGACUGGUUUGGCAAGGAAGAAGUGGACGCAAUGGCAGAGGAGAUGAUAGAAAAGGAGAUGGACAAUAACCUGGAGGACACAGAUUCUCUGUGGACAGACUACUAUCAGAAGCUUGUGGACCAGUCUCUAAUCUCCAUGGAUACAUACUUGGCGCAGUUCCCCGACGUCAAGGCACGCAUUGCCAAGCGUGACCGGAAACUUGUGGACUAUGACAGUGCAAGACAUCACUUUGCCUCCCUACAGAAGGGCAAAAAGAAGGACGACGUCAAGAUGGCUAAGCCCAUGUCUGUCCUGGAGAAGGCUGCCCCUGGCUGGGCUCAGGGGAUGCUCUCAGCGCAUCAUGUCGCUCAAACUAACCUGUCCAGAAGCCAGGCCGAGGAGGAGCUGGCGAGGUCUCAGAAAGUGUUUGACGAGAUCAAUGUGGAUCUACAAGAGGAGCUCCCAGCAUUAUGGAACAGUCGUGUUGGCUUCUACGUUAACACAUUCCAGGGUAUGGCUGGAUACCAGGAGAAGUUCCACAAAGAGAUGGCCAAGCUCAACGUGAACCUGAACGACAUCAUGACCAAACUGGACGAACAGAGGCUGGUCAAAAAGGGCGUGAAGACCAGAACCCCCGUGAAGAGUGAGGGAGCCAAUCACAAUGCAACCUCUGACUCUCCAAUCAAGCCUCCCCAGUUGAGGCCCGGACCUCCUUCACGCCCUCCCCCCCGGGUCACGCCGACUCAGGACUUGAAACAGGAGAACAUCAUCAACCUGUUCGAAGAGGCCAUGGUGCCCGACGCUAUCCCAGACACCACACCACAGGCGCCAUCUUUGGAAUCGUGGGAGGGAGAGCAACCCCCGGCCACAGAGGAGCCCCACGACUACGUCCAGGAGGCAGGCUUGGAGGAGGAAGCUACCCCGGCUGCCCCUCCCUUCACCCAGCCCGGCUGGGACAGCGAGCCAGGCUGGGAUGCCGACGAACCUGCCGCCCCCCAGUCGUACACCCAGCCCUCCUGGGAUGAGGCUGAAGGAGGCCAGGGUGCCCAGACGGGCUGGGGCGAGGACGGGCCCCAGGCGGUGCAGUCCGAGGGUGGCUGGGGAGACGAUGGAGGGGCCCAGGUAGGGUUGGGGGAGGAGGACGGGGCUACGGGCUGGGCUGUGGAGGGGCAGACGGGCUGGGCUAACUCUGAGGGGCAGCCGCAGUGGGAGAAGAUCGCAGACGGAGAAGGGGAGCUGGCCAGUACUGACUCAGCAGAAGCUGCAGCAGACACUGCUGGGAGUCCGGUGACCAACGGUUCUGAUGGGGUAGACAUGCCUGACGGAUUUACCUUCAAGGUGAAAGCUAUGCAUGACUAUGCAGCCACUGAUGGGGAUGAGCUGGACAUGAAGGCUGGAGAUGUGGUGCUGGUCAUAGCUUUCGACAACCCUGAUGAACAGGAUGACGGCUGGCUCAUGGGUGUGAAAGAAGAUCAUUGGCUUCAGCAUAAGAACAUGUCAAUCAAGGGGGUCUUCCCCGAGAACUUUACCCAGAGGUUGUGAGCUGGAUGUCCCAUUGAACCUGCACACCAUCAUCUCAUGCAAGGAUGUUUGUUUUAAAUGUGCUGGAAAACCCAUACGGUAACAAUUAAGCAUUACAGGGUGGAUUUCAUGGUUAAAUUUUUUAUUUGUGUGUUUACAUUGUCCUCAUUGAGUGGGGUUAGAACUGUGCCAGUGAAGAAUUUAUAGACAUACGUACCUAAUCAAUGAUCUGCCUAAACACACACACACAGAUUACUGAAUGUAACUUUUGGCACCCGCUUCAUCCGUCUAUGACUUCUGUACCUACGCCUGACUUCUGGUUCAAGGGUGAAAUGAAGAACAAUGUAUAACACUACCAAAGUACCACAGCCUCUGGAAGGUCUUUGAGCAAUCUUCAAUUUUAACUGAUCAGCACGCUUUUGUUUUGAUUGUUUGUUUUACACUCUGUGAAUGUGGUCAUUGGAAACACAAUUCUAGUUUAACAAUAGAAAGAAGGGAAUGUACAACAAUAGCUGUAGUGUAUGGAUGCCAGUUUACAUUUUGACUUUUAGUUAGCCUAUGAGAUUCUGCCACAGAGUUGUUUGCAUGGUUUAUUUUACUGCUGUUUACUUUGUUGUAACCUGUCACUCACAGAGCCGGAGAUUGGGCAUGUUCUGGUAUCGGCUCUUGCUGUUGCAGUUCUGUCUGUGAACAAUAUGAAAAUACAUGGUUUGUAGGUCAGGGACUUAUAGAUAUAGAUAUGUCCUACCGACCUGGCCCUUGUGUUGACUGCAAUUGAAAUGUUAUUAGGGAACAUUGGUUUGUCUACAUGAUUUUUCAGUGGCCAUUAAUCGGUUAGGGACUUGUAGGUGAUGUGUGGCAUUGAUCAGCUAUUUCCGAUUUUAUUAUUGUUUAUCAUUUGUUUUGGAGGUAGUAAGAACACAGUUGUUGGAAACAGAGCUAAAAACACAUGUAAGAAUUUCUGAAAAGUAUUGUUGUAUAAUGAUGUAGCUAAGCACAUUUGCCUGUAUAAAAGAGGCCUACUAUGGCAGAUUGUGUAGAAGUUGCGCUGUUGUCUAUUGUUCUAUUUCUAUAUUGCCCUAUGGAAAUGCAAAAACUGGCUCUUCAUAUUCCGUGUGACCUUAUAUGUGACCUGUUUACUGUCUCAUUGGCCUGUGUGGGCUGUAGGUCAGUGCAGCUGAGUGAGCUGUCUCUCUGAUUCUCUCUGCAUACUUGUAUAACCUAAAACUAGGAGGACACACAUUAAGCUUCUCCCUACUAGUAGUAGUAAACAAUAGAGGAGAUUCCUGGACAAGCUGUGUAGUCAGCCUUUUGAAACACUGGAUCACUAGGCACGAGCAGGCUCUCUGUGGUGUUUAUUUCCAUUAGAUCUCAGGUCAGGGCCUCAUUCUAACAUGAUGAGUCUGUUGUAUUGCUGAAAAUCAAGAUCUUAACAUAUCUGUCUGGAAAGUGUUCAUAUGAAAACAUAAUUUGAUGGAUGGUAACUACUACAUCUUGUUUUCUAGAAGUGAGAGUAACUCUGUCCAUGUCAUACAAAUAGUAGCCUACUCAACUAAAAAUAAAUAUUAAAAGUCCAAAUAUUGAACACCCAUUUUAUAUCUUGCUGAAUACCAAAGACAGACUUGUUCAAACUACUAUUGAAUGUUGCUGGAAAUUAACAUUUGGUCUCGCUGUUGUUACAGUAUGUUACUGUCUGUCAAUGGAGAAUAUGUCUGUGGUAAAGCCUGAAACAAUAAAGACAGAUUUGACACACCA